UAUCAACGUAUAAAAUUUGUCAAUUUUAUAUUUUUUUUCCCCUAUUUGCCAGGGAAGGAACCGAGUUAGCAGAGGUUGGAUUGCGAAGAUCGAAGCAACCAACCCAGUUAGCUGCAGAACUUUCCCUCUUUCUUCCUCCAUUGCCGUCGUAGUUCGUCGAUCGUCGCUCUCACCUUCCACCAACGCUCAUACAGGAAAAUAUGGAGAUAAAUGAAUGUCAACCAAUUGAAACUGAUGAGCCUAGAGAUAUUUAUCUUGGUCAAGUUGUAAAUAGCAAAGAUGAAGCUUAUGACUUAUACCAAGAGCAUGCUUUCAAAACAGGUUUUAGUGUAAGAAAGGGGAAGGAGUUAUAUUAUGAUAAUGAGAAAAAGAAAACACGUUUGAAGGACUUUUAUUGUUCCAAACAAGGGUUUAAAAACAAUGAACCUGAUGGUGAAGUGGCUUAUAAAAGAGCUGAUUCAAGAACAAAUUGCUUAGCUAUGGUCAGAUUUAAUGUGACCAAGGAAGGAGUGUGGAAAGUUACCAAGUUGAUAUUGGAUCACAAUCAUGAAUUUGUACCACUUCAGCAAAGAUAUUUGUUACGUUCUAUGAGAAAUAUGUCAAAUCUCAAAGAAGACCGCAUAAAGUCUUUGGUGAAUGAUGCCAUUAGAGUUACAAAUGUUGGGGGUUAUUUAGGGAAAGAAGUUGGUGGAGUUGACAAACGUGGUGUAAUGUUGAAAGAUAUGCAUAAUUAUGUCUCCACUGGAAAGUUGAAAUUUAUCGAAGCCGGAGAUGCUCAAUCUUUAUUGAAUCACUUACAAAGUAAACAAGCACAAGAUUCCAUGUUCUAUUACAGUGUACAGUUAGACCAUGAAUCACGUUUGACCAAUGUCUUUUGGAGAGAUGGUAAAUCUGUAGUUGAUUAUAAUUGCUACGGGGAUGUUGUGAUUUUUGACACUACAUAUCGUAGUAAUAAAUACAACUUGAUUUGUGCCCCCUUUGUUGGUGUAAAUCAUCACUGGCAAAAUGUCAUGUUUGGUUGUGCCUUGUUAUUUGAUGAAAGUGAGGUUUCUUUUGCUUGGUUGUUCAAAGCAUUUUUGGAGAGUAUGGGAAGCCAACAACCAAAAACAAUCUUUACAGCUCAUCAUCCAGUCAUGGCUAAAGUGAUUGGAGAGGUAAUGCCAAAUGCAUGUCAUCGUUUAUGUUUAUGGCACAUAGCUAAGAAUGCUCCUUCACAUUUGGGUUCUCUCAUUUCUGAUCAAAAGUUUCAAAACUUAUUUAGUAAAUGCAUGGAAGGUUGUGAUUCAGAAGAAGAAUUUCAAAGAACUUGGGAUGAGAUGAUGAAUGUGUAUACGCUUCAAGAUCAUCAAUGGUUGAUCAGUAUGUAUGAAAUUCGCCAUAAGUGGAGUACUGCUUAUAGCAAGAAUGUAUUCUCUGCUGGUAUCAAGUCCUGCCAAAGGAUUGAGAGUACAAACAAUGUGUUGGAUGAGAUUAGAGAGAAAACAACAACUCUCACACAAUUUUUAGUGGCAUUUGAGAAGAUGUUGAAAAAGUGGCGCCGCAUAGAGGUUGAGGAGGAAUUCAAAAACAGACAAAGUACACCUCCUCUUGUUAUAAAUAUUAGUGAAACAUUACGGCAUGCAUCUACGGUAUAUACUCACAAAGUCUUCAAUAUUUUUCUAAAUGAGUAUCUUGAAGGAACAGGUGGAAGCACUUCUAUAGAGAUUAGUCAAUCCAAUAAUCUGUCAAAUCAUGAAGUCAUGUUGAACCACAAGCCUAAUAAAAAAUAUGCGGUGACAUUUGACUCUUCUAAUAUGAAGAUUAAUUGUAGUUGCCGCAAGUUUGAUUCAAUGGGCAUUCUUUGUAGUCAUGCGUUACGGAUUUAUAACAUUAAAGGUAUUUUAAGAAUACCUGACCAAUACUUCUUAAAAAGAUGGUCAAAAAAUGCAAGGUCCGUGAUUUAUGAGCACAUGCCUAGGGGCAUGGGAGAAGAUUCUACCUCCAAUUCAGUGAUCAAUGAUGAUGAUGCUGGUAUUCUUUAUCGCAAUGCUAUUAUGACGUCAUUCUACUAUCUAGUUUUGGAAAGUCAAGACAGCAAAGAAGCUCAAAAUAUUAUGUGGAAAUUACUUGAUAUUGGAGUUGAGAGGGUGCGAAAAGGUGUUGGCAAGGCCAAUUUAAAUUCAGAUGUAGAAACAAUGGAGACAAAUGUCAAUGAAAAUGAGGAAACAUGCUUCAGACCAAUGGUCUGAAUUGAUAUAUUUUUGCAACAGAGAAAGCAGUUAAUUCGUCUAUGGGUGAGAAAACCAAUGUUCUGAAUUGCAUGGACAAACCUCCUAAGUUGUUUAUGCUUAUUUGAAUGUGCUUCCGCUUGUUGAUAUAUUAGAUCUUAAAAUUACUGUUGGUUACCUGAAAGUAGCAAUUCCCGUGAAGGGCAAUGCCAAUGUGUUCUCAGGAUGGAAGUUUGAAAUUAUAUGAUGGCGAUACAGUAUUUUGUUCUAUAUUUGUUGCUUAAGCCAAGUUUGAGUUUAGAGUUUUGUGUUUUAUACAGUUUCAGUAUAAGCUUAGAAUCUGUUAAACCUUCACAAGGCCAAUAGAUGUUCAGAGUUUUGUGUAGAAAUGCUGUUUAUAUUUUAUCAUGUCAGAACCCAUUGUGUCAUUGUGACAGAUUUAUAAUUUGCUUCUUUAACAAGAAAAACUCAAAUGGUAUUUGGACCUUGGAAUUAUCAUUUUU